AGCAGAGCAAAUGCUAUCAGAAAUUUGCUGUAAACGUCCGAGCACGCACGAACAAUGCUUAACGUCAAAUUGUACAAUAAAUCAAAUGUACUUCAGAGGACUUAUUCAAUGAAGUAUCUAGAAGAAUAUAAGAAUAUAAUCAAUUGGAAAAGGGACUCAACGAUCCUAGACAUUGGUUGUGGCGAUGGAAGUCUGACAUCAAAAAUAUUCAAAGAAUUAAUUCCUACUUGCAAGAAAAUGACAGGCUGUGACAUAAGCGAAGUUAUGAUACGGUUCGCAAAUGAACACUUUGCUUCGGAAGGUAUUGAUUUCACUACUCUUGACAUAGAGGGCGAGCUGCCCGAUCAGCUAAGGGAACGUUUCCACUACGUCAUUUCCUUUUUUGCUUUGAACUGGUGUCGUCGUCAAGAAACUGUGUUCCAGAACAUAUACGAUAUCCUUAGGGACCAAGGAAGUUGUUUUGCGAUUAUCGUAGAAAAACUAUCAUUAUUCGAUGCAUACAGAAACCUUGCUAAAGUCGAUAAAUGGAAGCCAUGGGUUACUGACGUUGAAAGAUAUAUAUCUCCAUACCAUGACAGUCAGGAUUCCCUUAAAGAAAUGGAACAAUUAUUAUGCAAAAUUGGAUUUACUAUAAAAAAAUUAGAACACAAGUUAAUCGUGCAUAACUACGAAAAUCAAGAGAAUUUAAAAGGUGCACUAAUGUCUGUGGUGCCUUUCAAGAUCCCGGAUGAGUUAUAUGACGAGUUUUUUGCAGACUUAAGCCUAGAAAUGCAGAUGUUUGACACUAAAAAAUACAAUUACAAAAAAUGUACUAAAGAUUCUUUCCUUACCUUUCAAGUACUGGUUUUAUAUGUCGAAAAAAAGUAAUAAUGUCUAAUGGGUACGUUUUUAGCAUUAUUAAUUGCAAAUGUAAGAUUGUAAAAUAAAAUACUAUUUUUGAAACAC